AUGUCCGCUAACUUAGAUAAAUCCUUAGACGAAAUUAUUGGCUCUAAUAGAGCAGGUGGUAACAGAGCUCGUGUCGGUGGUACUCGGGGUAAUGGUCCAAAAAGAGUUGGUAAGCAAGUUAAUAGUCAACGUAGGAGCAUUCCAAACAGAAAAGGACCUAUCAGAAAAAACGUCAGGGCCCCUCCAAACGCUGUCGCUAGAGUUGCCAAGCUUUUAGACACCACUAGAGAGGUCAAGGUUAACGUCGAGGGUUUGCCAAGAGACAUUAAGCAGGAUGCUGUAAGAGAAUUUUUUGCAUCUCAAGUAGGUGGCGUUCAAAGGGUUUUGUUGAGUUACAACGAAAGAGGCCAAUCUACUGGUAUGGCUAAUAUCACAUUUAAGAACGGCGAAUUGGCCAGAAGAGCGGUCGAAAGAUUCAACGGUUCUCCAAUCGAUGGGGGUAGAUCAAGAUUGAGAUUGAACUUAAUUGUUGAUCCAAAUCAACGUCCAGCCCGGAGUUUAGCCGACAGAAUCAAGGCCAUGCCGCAAAAGAGUGGAAAUGUCUCCAGACCAGUCAAGAGGGGUCCAAACAGAAAGGCUGCUAUGGCCAAAACCCAAAGCAAACCAAAGAGAGAAAGACCUGCUAAAAAGAGUCUAGAGGACUUAGACAAAGAAAUGGCCGACUAUUUUGAAAAGAAAUAA